GGAGAUGACAGCCUGUCUGUGAUUACCUGUGAAUCAGAUACAGAAAUGAAGUUAAAGAAGAAAAUAUUUCACAAGCCUCCAAAGUCACCAAAGUCUCCAUACAGCUCUAGCACACAACUGUAUCCUAAAAAAGCUGCAGUUUGGCGAUCGCUGCAGGGAACAGGCAGUGCACGUCUUGAGAGUGCGGCUGUAAAAAAUCCAAGACACAUGUGGCUGGGAUCACUGAAACAAGGAAUGAGUCAUUCUCUGAAAUCAGAUGCUGACAUGGGGCAUAUACGAACUAACAUUUCUAGUAGCACUCCAGAAUAUUUGAAGGAAGCUCUAGGAAUGAAGAAGCCAAAACAUUCUCGUUCUUCUAGUAAUGGUUACAUUCCUGGAACUCCUGACUACAAAGAAAAAGAAGAUAUGUAUGAUGAAAUUAUAGAGCUGAAAAAGACAAUACAAGCUCAGAAAAACGAGGGAGACAGAAUGAAAACUAAGCUCCGUCGACUAGAAGAAGAGAACAAUAGAAAGAAUAAACAGAUUGAACAACUGUUGGAUCCUUCCAGGGGCUCUGAGCUGGCACGAGCUUUGUCAGAAAAGAAGACUGAUAAUGGAUGGGUGGUUAGUGGAUUAAAGCAGAAGAUUUUCAAGCUAGAACAACAGUGCAAGGAGAAAGACAACGCUAUUAACAAAUUCCAGGCAGACAUGAAGACCACUAAUUUGGAAGAAAUGAGAAUAGCUAUGGAAACUUACUAUGAAGAGGUUCAUCGUCUCCAACUCCUCCUGGCAAAAUCUGAGACUAUGAGGAAAAAUAUAGAGGGCAGAGAUACCCAAAAACGGCUAAAGGCACUGAAUGCUGCUGUCCUGAGAUUAUCCAGGAACAUCAAGGAAUUGCAGGAUGAGAAUCAAAGGCUGAAAGAAGAUCUCGAUCAUGUACUGAGUAGUUCUGCUCCUUCCAGUAAAACAAAAAAUUAUAGUGAAUGGAGCAGACAGAGGCUGGUGAGGCGGAUUUCGGAACUAGAAGAAAAAGUAUGUGCCAUGGAGAACACCAGGGUGUCAUCAGCAGAUAGUGAGUCAUCACAGUUACUAGCUGUGUCAUCUUCGCCUUCUGUAGACCCGAAUCACCCAGCCUCUCAACAGGUAGACCAUGGUGAGGAAUGUCGUCGCCUCCAACGGCUAGUGAUGAAACUGAAGAGUGAUAGGAAGGCACUUCAAAAUCUCCUACUCAAUAAAGAAUUAGAUAUCAAGCAGUUACUGCAGGCUAAGGCUGAAGCGGAGCUGGAGUUGCAGAAGUGGCAGAAUAAGAUGGAAGAAAAGAGUACGGAAGAUCAGACUUUAAGUGAGGAAAUCCAGAACCUGACAUGGAAAGUAGGGAAAUUGGAGUCCAAAAUGGAGGAAGAGAAGAGACAAAUGGUGAAAGAUACAAUGGAAAAGCUUAAUAAGUCUUCACCAGUCUGCAUGGUUAAAGGCAAAGAAGAUCACAGGAAGGAACAAGCAGCCAAAAUCAUCCAGAGACACUGGAAGAUGUACCGAAACAAGAAGGAAGAAAUUGCUCUGGAUAAGGCAGUCGUUAUGCUUCAGGCAGCUUUCAGAGGACAUCUAGCUCGACAGAAACUGUUACUGAGUAACAGGAUGCAUGAUGCAAAAUCUCACAACAAGGUAAUUGUUGGGGCAAAUGGCUCCUGCAUGUCUCCUGUGUCAAACUCCUUGAGCUUGUCUUCCGAUUGUGAGAAGAAAGACGAGAUUGUGACUUUCAUCCAGUCCAUUUUCAGGGCUCACUUAGCACGUACAGUACUGCUUGAGGAGAAACCCUCUGUGUCCAGUGCACCAAGUGAGAAAGCAGAUCCUGCAGUUUACAUUACAGGGAAGAAACCGGUCUCAGCCGCCCUCCAGAGACCUCCUUCAAUCUUCAUGUCAUCUCUUCCUGUGAUUUUAGUUAUGUCCUCUGAAAAGCAAUCACAGCCUACUCCCUCUCUGUCUGUGGAUGAAGCUCACUCAGACGAUUCCGAUGAUAUUGUCAUUGUCUCGCCAUUGUUGCAGACGAAGAAAAACUACACCCACUUUUAA